AUGCUGUCCAAAGGACCACUCCGGGUCGGCUUGAUCGACGACACGAGUCUUGCUCUAGCAUCCCAGAUUGUUGGGUUUGUAUCCUUCGCCAUAACGAUCAUGACUCUGCUAGCCAUCUUCAGGAGUCUACCGAGAACUUAUCUCAACCAUGCGCAACGCAGAUACCUUGAUCCCCAUCAUGCUCGGCAACCUGUGCCAGGAGCUCGAGGCCGAGAGGGUGCUUGUAAGACAUCGCAUCCGCGAAGGCGACAGGUUCGCCGUCUUCCCCAGCGCGCAACGCCGACGGGGUCGACGGAAACAAAAACAGCAGGAGGCGGCGCGACUCUCAAAUCGAACCUCAACGACCUGUGGCAGCAAUUCAAGAAUGUCGAGCGCGCGUUUCUGAUCAGAGAUCCCUUCCGCACCGAACAGGUCCAGAAGGGCGACUACUGGGGCGAAAGUGAUGUCGAUGAAAAAGCUUAUGCUCGGCCGGGCGGCGGCCGUAGCGGAGAGCGCAGUGUCAAGAACUUCAAAGACCGCAUGGGUAUGGCGAGGCGUUGUUGUCGUCGGAUCAGCAGCGGUAUUGCCGAACUGGCCUGGUCCAUCGGUUUAUCUGUCAGACUUCCGGUAACCAAACUUGAAAUUGGAACUGACCCGCGUGUUGCUAGGUGGCAAGGCCAGACGUCGGUGGUGCACAUGUUGGAUCAAGUCCACAGGGUCCAAAUCCGGAGAAUGGAGCGUGAUGUCUUUGAGACCGACGAGCUCGUCAAGCGAAUCUGGCAGAGAAUAAACAGGCGCGGUGGCGGUGGAGGAGGAAGAAGCGGCAGCGCCAGUAGCUCUCGUACUCCGUCCGGUGAUGGGGGAGGAGAAGGCGGAGGAGGAGGACGGAUGGCAGGUAUCCGAAAACGUAGUAUCAGAUCCAGACCAGGUAGUGUUAGGCACUUGAGUCGUCAUGCCAGCACGACGGGAGGUCACUUUCGAGAAGUUGAAGAAAGGGAGGUCGUCCGCGUUCCACCAGACAACAUCCUCAGACCGCGUGAGGGUGAGGCGAGCAACACGGGACGGCAAAGAGAGACGAGUCCUCCGGCAUCUCGCGUUGAGUAUGAGGUUGUCAAACCGGGAAGAAUAUAUGUCGAUGUCGAUGUUGAUGUCGAUAGGGGAAGACCAAGAGUCGAGGAUGUUGAACUAGACUGUAUUGACCGCGCAAGACCAGGCCAAACACAAGGAUACAGUCGAGAUCGGGGGAGAUAUCGAUAA